ACCAGAUAAAUAGGCAAUGAUGGAAAAACUACUUUCGGUUAUCCUUAUUUCUUCUUUUUGUAUUUUUUCAAUUGGAGCUGAUAUAUCAAGUAAUUUGGACUAUUUUGAGACCCUGAAGACAGUUGAUAUAAACAGGCGUGUAAGACGAAGUGUGGAUCCACAUCCAAGUUCUCACCUGCAUGAAAUUUGGUUCUCAUCUUUAGGAAGAAAUUUUCAUUUGUAUGUGAAGCAAACUAAAGUUGUGUCUGAUGAUUUCAAGGCAACUGUGGUAGGCAGUCAUGGAGUGGAGAGACCAUUUGAUAUUGAUACUGGAAAUUUUUAUACUGGUACCUUGAAGGGUGAUUCACAGUCAGAAGUUCAGUUACAUUGGGAGAGGAAUGAUUUACAUGCAACCAUAAGAAGUCCUGAUGAUACCAUUUACAUAGAGCCAUCAUGGAGACAUAUUCCAGAGUCUGAUAAUCAUUCAAUGAUUGUCUACAGACAUACAGACCUUAAAUGGAAGCCAGAGGACUAUACUGCUGGAAAAAGAGAAAGUUUUUGUGAGAUGAAGGAUCUGAGAGAGGAUCAAACUGAAGAACUGGAAGAUGAUAUCAAAUUGUUUUACAAUGAUGAUAAAGGUCAUGUAAGAAAGAAAAGACAAACUUAUCCACAUGUUGGAUCACACACCAUGUGUGGACUGCUUGCAGUAGCUGACUAUUACUUCUUCAAAGAGAUUGGACGUAGUGAUAAGAGAGUUACUGGAGAAUAUCUUAUUGGAAUGAUAGGGAGAGUGAAUAACAUAUAUCAGAAAACAGUCUGGGGUGAGGGAGUGACUAAUUUAGGAUUUCAGAUCAAAGAGAUGAAGGUCCAUGACACUUUAGAAGAUCCAUCAGUAGGAGACCACUACAACAUGCCAAAUAGACCCAGAGAUAUGGAUGCUGUGUUAGAUUGGUUUGGAGUAGAUCAUAAAAAAAUGACAAAAUUUUGUCUUGGACACUUAUUUACAUACCAACAGUUUAGAGGAAAAUUAGGUUUAGCUUACAUUGGUUCUUGGAGAAAUACAGAUCCAGGUGGAAUAUGUUCUUUUGCUGCAUAUAUUGGAACUGGACAGAAAAUUGCAGUCAAUACUGGUGUUAGUAGUUUCCAGAAUCCUGGAGGGUCUAGAGCUUUGGCUGCUCAGGCUUUAAUUACUGUAUCACACGAGCUAGGACAUAACUGGGGCAGUGAACAUGAUCCAGAUUCUAAUGAAUGUGCACCAGAUGUGAGCAGUAAUGGAAAAUAUAUCAUGUACUACAUGGCUACUACAGGAUAUGAUGCCAAUAAUCAGAUAUUUUCUCCAUGUAGUAAAAGGUUUAUCUUCAAAGUGGUGUCGAAAAAAGGCUUCAGCUGUUUUGAUGCAAAAUCUUUAGGAGGAAGAGGACUGUGUGGAAAUGGUCGUAUUGAUAUAGGGGAGGAGUGUGAUGCAGGAUAUGAAGGGGACUUUUGUUGUGAUGCACAAUGUGAACUCAGAUCAGGAGCUGUUUGCAGUGAAAUGAACUAUGCUUGUUGCAAAACCUGUAAUGUUGCUCCAGCAGGACAUAGAUGCCAUUCUUUAGAAGUUGAUGAUUUAGCCUGUUUAGGACCUUCCAACUGCUCAGGAGUUGACUUGAUAUGUCCAGCACCAAUUAAACUGUCAAACAAGAAUUGUCAGGAUGGUGGGACCUGUCAGGAUGGAGUAUGUCUUGAUAUAUGCCAUGUAAAAGGCAAAAUUGGCUGUAUUUGCUCAGGUACAAAUUCCUGUAAACAGUGUUGUGUAGAAAGAAAUGGAGAUUGUUCUCCUACAACCAAUAACAAUGGAAUGAAUCAGUACCAUCAAAGUGGGAGGCCUUGUGUAGGUGGAUUUUGUGAUGGUAGUGGAAAUUGUGAAAAGUCAGACCCACCUGUGAUUAAAAGGUUGUUUAGUGUGCUUGAAUACCUCUCUGUAGAUAAAAUUGCAAUAUUUAUGAAGAAUAAUUUGGUAUGGACAAUACUUUUAUUUUCUGCAAUAAUUUGGAUCAUAGCAAUUGUACUUUUAGAGCGUUAUGAUCGAAAGAAAUCUGAAGAAGAUAAAGAAAGUAUGGAUUUAAUGAAUCAUAGGGGGAGGGGAGCACGAGUUAUUCUUCGUAGCGACGAUCCAGCCAUAACAAAUUUAGGCACUAGAGCUCUUAAACCACGUAUGAGACUCGAAAGAGGGAGGGCAGAACUAGAAGACCUAGCAGCAGCAUCUGGUUUCCACUGACUUUAGAAAUAUAAAUUAAAAUCUAGUUUUGCUCAACAAGGCAGUACCUGAUAGUGUUCAGAUUGAUGCAAAGAACUUAAUUGUGGCAAUAUUUAUGUCAGCAAUAUAUUUUACAAGUUGAAUUUUGUAAUUUUGUUAAUUCUCUGAUCCUUAGAUGCCAUAUUAGUGGGUUAUUUACACAUGCUGCCAAUGGCUUUUUUCAUCUCUUUAUGCUGAUAUAAAAAUUACACUUAAAUAAAGCAGAAAAUAUUUUGAGCAGAACUAUUUUGCUUAUAUAUUUAUUCCUUAUAACUUAACUUUUUAUGACUCAUAAAUUAAUGAAGUUUUGAUAACUCAGUUGAUAAGCAAGUUAUGUUUCAAUUUAUUAUUUAAUUAUUCAAACUACCAAACAUUACACUUAAAAAUGGAACAGAUGUAAAAUCAAUAUAAGAUUUAAUUUGUCCACAGUUUGCUUCAAGUGUAAGAGGUGGAUAUUGUGUUAAACUUUGGUUUGUACAUUUUGUAUUCAACUAAUAGUAAAGGUGAGAGAAAAGUAGGAGAUAUUUUACCAGAUGGAGAAAUUUGACCUCCCCACAUUCAGUUGGUUAAUCUAAAAGAAGGAGUAGGGGUGAUUUCAAAAGACACAUUUGAUAACCCAGGAUGUAUUGAUUGUCCAUUUGAUGUUCUUUCUAUUGAAGAUUAUAGUCAUAAACAACAAAAUGUAUGUUUAGAUAAAUUGAACAAUGCUUACUAUGUACUCAAUGAGGAUUUGACUAAAAAUUUGACUAUCCUUGUAAGGGUUGAUCAUGAAAAAUUUUGAUAACAUAAAAAAAGAAGUAAUAAAAAAAAACAGCAUUACUAACCAUUACAGUAGAUGAACUUCUGAAAUCUGACUUUAUUCUUGUAUGAGUGUUAUACCAUAUUAAGUGUCUGUUAAUGAUAAUAACAAAAAUGUGAUAGUGUAGUACCGGUAUUAAUUGUUUGUACCUCAUUUAUUUGUCUUGGCAGCAAAGAUCAUACAUAUUUAACAUAAUUUUCAGAUGGAAAAUUUAGUGACUAGUCACAAAUAUUGCAAUCCAGGCAUUUGAGACUGACCUAUUUUUAUGCCCCAGCCGUAGGUAUGCCCCCACUGUAGCUGAGGGGGCAUUAAGUUUUACCCUUGUCCGUCUGUACGUCCGUACGUACAUCCCAUAGUUGGUUUCCGUUCUCUAACUUUAGUUUGCCUCAACCAAAUGUUAUGAAACUUAUACACAAUGCUUAUUACCACAAAACACAGAUUAAGUUUGAAUUUUGGUGGCAUCACUUUAACCAUUCUAGAGUUAUGCCCCUUUACAAAUGGAAAAAAUUGCUGAAUUUUUCGUUUCCAUUCUCUAACUUAAGUUUGCCUCAACCAAAUGUUAUGAAACUUAUACACAAUGCUUAUUACCACAAAAUACAGAUCAAGUUUGAAUUUUGGUGGUGUCACUUUAACCGUUCUAGAGUUAUGCCCUUUACAAAUGGAAAAAUUGCUGAAUUUUUCGUUUCCGUUUUCUAACUUUAGUUUGCCUCAACCAAAUGUAAUGAAACUUAUACACAAUGCUUAUUACCACAAAAUACAGAUCAAGUUUGAAUUUUGGUGGUGUCACUUAAACCAUUCUAGAGUUAUGCCCCUUUACAAACGGAAAAAUUGCUGAAUUUUUCGUUUCCAUUCUCUAACUUAAGUUUACCUGAACCAAAUUUUAUGAAACUUAUACAAAAUACUUAUUACUACAAUACUCAGAUCAAGUACAAAUUUUGGUAGCGUCACUUUUACUGUUUUUCAGUUAUGUCCCUUUAUAACUUAAUAUGAUAUGCAAGCGGGGGCAUCAUCUGUGUCCCCUGGACACAUUCCUCAUUUAUUUAGUAUUAUCUUGCACUGGAAAUUCUUAGAAAAUGAAAAAAUUUAGAUGAUACAUUGAUUAAUAACAUUUUUUCAAAAUUGUGGCUUUAUGAAAAUGUAUAUAUUUGCUUUGUUUUGAUGACACAACUUAUCUGUUACUUCAGGAGGUAGAUUUGUCAAGUUGUGGUAAGUAAAUGGAUAAUUUCAAAAAGUAUUUUCGUUUUCAUUUAAUUACAGAACUUUACAUAUUGUAAAAAAUGUACAUGUUUAUAGAUUUAACUUCAUUAUAAAAUUAUAGGGAAAAUAUGUCAGUUUUUAAUGCAAUUUAUUUGAAUGAGGACAUGACAUGAUUUUUAAAACUUCAUUUUACUAGUAUUUCCAUGCAUCAGUUUUCCUUUCACUUGGUUAGUUAUACAAAUGUAUCGAGAGAAUGCUUUAUUUUUUUUUUUUUUUAUAAAAGUUUACAGUUUUUGUCGAGCCUGCGACUUUUGUCGCAGAAAGCUCAACAUAGGGAUAGUGAUCCGGCGGCGGCGGCGUUAGCUAACUUCUUAAAAGCUUUAUAUUUUAGAAGGUAGAAGACCUGGAUGCUUCAUACUUUGUAUAUGGAUGCCUCAUGUUACGAAGUUUCCGUCAGUCACAUGUCCAAUGUCCUUGACCUCAUUUUCAUGGUUCAGUGACUACUUGAAAAAAAAGUUAACAUUUUUUGUAAUGUUAAAUUCUCUCUUAUUAUAAGUAGUACGAUAACUAUAAUUGGUAUGUGCGUACCUUGCAAGGUCCUCAUGCCUGUCAGACAGUUUUCACUUGACCUCGACCUCAUUUCAUGGAUCAGUGAACAAGGUUAAGUUUUGGUGGUCAAGUCCAUAUCUCAGAUACUAUAAGCAAUAGGUCUAGUAUAUUCGGUGUAUGGAAGGACUGUAAGGUGUACAUGUCCAACUGGCAGGUGUCAUCUGACCUUGACCUCAUUUUCAUGGUUCAGUGGUUAUAGUUAAGUUUUUGUGUUUUGGUCUGUUUUUCUUAUACUGUAUGCAAUAGGUCUACUAUAUUUGGUGUAUGUAAUGAUUGUAAUGUGUACAUGUCUAGCUGGCAGGUGUCAUCUGACCUUGACCUCGUUUUCAUGUUUCAGUGGUCAAAGUUAAGUUUUUGAGUUUUGGUCUUUUUUUCUAAUACUAUAUGCAAUAGGUCAUCUAUAUUUGGUGUAUGGAAAUAUUUUAUGAUCUAUAUGUCAGUCGCGCAGGUUUUAUAUGACCUUGACCUCAUUUUCAUGGUUCAUUGCUCAGUGUUAAGUUUUUGUGUUUUGGUCUGUUUUUCUUAAACUAUAAGCAAUAGGUCAACUAUAUUUGUUAUAUGGAAGAAUUGUUAACUGUACAUGUCUGCCUGGCAUGGUUCAUCUGACCUUGACCUCAUUUUCAUGGUUCAUUGGUCAAUGUUUAGUUUUCUUGGUUAAUGUUAAGUUUAUGUGACAGUUGUAAUAAAGCUUUAUAUUUAGGACUAUCAACAUAAUAUCAAUGAUUAGUAAAGAAGGCGAGACAUUUCAGCGUGUGCACUCUUGUUUAUUAUGGAAUCAAGUGUUAAGAUGCUUUAUUUUCCUUGUUGGUCACUGAUUUGAAAUAAGUAUGAUUUUGACCAUAUAAAUUUGAUUAACAUAUUACUAUUAUAUCUUGUAUUGUAUUAUGUCAACUUUAUAACUUAACACUGUAUUAACCUGACAAAUUGUAGACAACAUGUACUUAAGUGUGUUCCACAAUUUGUACAAAGUAUUUUUUUUGGUGAAACUUUCUGUAUUAACAUCAAAUGGUUUAAAAAAAAUUUUCACUGCUACUAAAUAUUCAUUAACUUUUCAAUAUGUAUCCAAAUUGGUUUAAUCGCAAGAUUCUCUGUUAUCAAUAAUGACUUUCUGAGGUAAGUAGGACACACACUUAUAAAAAUGAAUCUUAUAUUCUACCUAAUUAGGAUUAAGAUUGUGCCAUAUUUGCAGCAGAUUUUUCCCCACCUUAUUACAUGUAUUAAUAAUAACAUGUGUAUGAUAAACCAUGAUUUUCUAAUGUGCAAUUUUUCAUUGUGAGGUUGUGCUAUUCAUUUUAAGAGUUUCAUUUAUAUUCCACCAAGUUUUCGUGUACCAGUAUGCAUUGUGAUUUACCUUAGAGGCACAAUAGAAGAAAAAUAUCAAUUUAUUUAAUUUUUUUAUCUGGGAUUUUUUUUUGCUGCAGUAUUAAAGAUUCAUUUAUGCCUUUUUUUCAUGUACAAUUGCAUUUGCUCAUGAUUAAUGAAUGUAAGAAUCUGUGACCAACUUAAUUCCCUUAAUGAAGUUUUAUUUUCUUAAAUAGCAUCAACCUAGAGAAAAAAAAAAUGGAAAUCGGGCACAAUUAUUUUUGGAAAAUUUUCACAAAAAGUGUUUUUAAGAAAUAUCUUCUUUGCACUGAUAAAUGAUUUUUAUGCUCCUGUCACAAAGUAUUUGGCCUACAUUGGCCUUUUUUUUUAUUAUAAUUACUAAUGAUUUGUCAUAGAUUAAAUAUUAGGUUUUGUUUCUGUCACCAGCUUUGACAGAAUUUAUAUUGUGUUGGACUAAAUUUAACAAAAGUUGUAUUUGUCUGUGUAUUGAUGAGUACAUGUCAAGUUUCUGUUUCAAUUUGGUUGAAAUACUUUUCAAAGAAUCAUUGCACUUUUUCAUAUCUUACUUAAAGGGGAAGGGAACAUUUGUGUCAUAGUAAUAUAUUUAUUCAGCUAGGGAUCUUUCUUUUUUCGAUGGAUAAUCCUGAAUAUGCAUGAAAUAUUUGCCACUGGAUAUUAAGCACAUUACAAUCUAUCAAUUUUUCCAGGAGUCGUUUUUGUUUCACUGAUUGAAGUGUUGAAAUGUUGGAACAUAUGUUUGCUCAUAUAUUUAUUUUAUAUUUUUAUACAUUUUUAGAUUUUCUAUCAUUUUAGACACCUUUUUUCAUGUUCUAUGUAUACAAGUGCUAUCAUGUUUAUUUAAUACAUUUAUUUCAAGUUGAAUAUGUUUAUUCAUUGUUUUAUGAAAUAAAAUACAGACGAAUGAUUAUUUCUGUCUGAAAAACUCAUCAAAGA